UCCCUUCCGCUUCCGGGGGCGCUCCGGAAGUGCGUCAUGGCCACCGCCGGCAGCGACCUGUCUAUGGUGGGCAGCGCGGGGCGCCGGGCGAUGCGGGCGCUGGCGGGCGCCGGGAGCGCGGGGGUCGUCGCUCGCCUGGCUGGACGCAGCCCGCAGGGCAAAAAGGAUGUCUUAGCUGCAACAGUUGCCGUCCUGCAGCAAGGAGGCCUGGUGGCUGUGCCCACAGACACCAUCUAUGGUAUUGCCUGCCUGGCACAGAACUCACAAGCCGUGGAAGCCAUCUACAGGCUGAAGGGGCGCACUGGGAGCAAGCCCCUGGCCAUCUGCCUGGCAGAAGUGGACCACAUUUACAGGUACUGCAGUGUGAGGGUGCCGGAUGAGCUGCUGCGUGAUCUUCUCCCUGGGCCUGUCACGCUGGUCCUGGAGCGCUCGGAGGGCCUCAACAAGGACCUGAACCCCUUCACCCCACUAGUUGGCGUCCGCAUCCCCAGUCACUGGUUCAUUCGGGAGCUGGCCAGGGCGUGUGCUGCCCCUCUAGCCCUAACGAGCGCAAACGUCAGCGCUGAGGCAAGCACCCUCACAGUCACGGAAUUCCAGGAAUUCUGGCCUCGCCUGUCGCUGGUCAUUGAUGGGGGUCCAGUUGGGGACAUUCAUAGCCCAGAGUGCCGCUUGGGCUCCACUGUGGUGGAUCUCUCUGUCCCUGGAAGGUUCAAGAUCAUCCGGCCAGGCUGUGCACUUGCCCAGACGAUGGAAAUCCUGGUAACCAAACAUGGCCUGACAUCUGAACUGCUUGGGCUAUGAAACGUGUGCAGGGUGUGGGCAGCAGGGUGUGGUGUCUCCUAAAGAAGUAUCUCCCGCAACCUUGUUCAAGAGGAGUGAAGGUGCAGAGGGAGACCUGUCCCCCGCCCGCCCACCCGCCCGGCUAACUUCCACGGCUCCUUGCAGCUUGAAGAUCUGUCUCGCUGGUGACUCAGAAGGGGGUGGCCCCAUUGGCGAAGCGUCCCCUGUACAUUUAAAGGAGGGCGCAGACCAUUCCAAGUAUGUCUUGAUUGCUCCUCCCCCUGUGGCUUCUAUUGGAGAUUGAUCUUCCCGCUCUGCGUCCCUGGAACAGCUAGUUUGUGUGAGCGGAUCCUGCAGGAGGGAUUGGAACAUCUGGCUCUGGAUGGGACCGUUCAGUUGUAUCUCUGGGAGGUGGAAGAAAACAGGGAACUGCAUAUGGCGGCGGUCUGGUAGGUGGGGCUUGCCCUGUCCAGGGACCAAUCUGUCUUGACCUACAGCUCUGCUGGAAGUGCACAGAGUCCCGCCUGGUCCUGGCAUGCAGCAAGCUGCUUUGGGGGCAACGGCAUUAAACCGGAGACUUAGUCUUGCC